CACUCAAAAAUCGAAAUACUCGCUUAAUAAUAACUCAACAUUUUAUGUACGUUUGUAUGUUUGAUUGUGCGACUUACUUGAGUGAGUGAGCGAGCUAGCGAGCGAGUAAGUAAAGUAGUGGUAGUUUAUAAUAGUAGUUUGAGUAACCAUCAGAUACUUUGCUGGUGUACUAAAGUAAACACAUAUCUACGCGUUUUGAAACAGUACAAAUUUCUCGGAAUUUAAAUACAACAAAACAAAAUUUUCAAUUAAAACAAUUACAGAAACAAAAAAAUUUUAAAGAAAAUUCAUGUUUAAUAAUAAAAAAUUAUAAAUAAUCAGAAAUAUAUGAAUAAAUAAAACAAAUAAAUAGAUUUAAAAGUGAUACAAUUUAAAUUAAAAUACAACAACAAAAAAGAGCAAAACCCUACAACAUGAUGGAUGUGAACAAGUAUGAAAUGAACUGAAAUGAAUAAUUUUAUUAAAAAUAGUUUAACAACAAACAACAACAGCAGCAAAUUUCCAACAACAGCGAUAGACAACGAAUUAUUUGAAAAAUUCCGGUUAAAAUAAAAACUUCAAAAUUAAACGUAACAAUAGACCCUUUGACCCCCAUACAUUCAUGAAGAACAUGGAUAAAAAUGCGGGUGAGGGUGGACAACAAAAUGAUGGUAAAGGCGGCGGCGGCGGUGGUGGUGGCAAAUCAUCGGGCAAUUCUGGUGCUGGCGGGGCAGGUGGUGGUGCACACGAUCCUGCUGCCCUAUUAGAUGCGGCCUCAUUAUUUGCUUACUGGGGUCGUGAUCCUAGUGCUGCUGCAGCAGCAGCUGCUAAUCCAUUAUUUAACGCACAAUUUAAUGCUGCUGCCGCUGCUGGUUUGGGUCUACUACCCAAUCCAACUGCUAAUGCCGCCAAUGAUCGCUAUUCAAUGGCUGCAGCAGCAGCAGCGGCGGCCGCAGGACAUCAUCACCAAAACACCAUGGCGGUAGCAGCUUCUCAAGCCGCCAGUUUGGCGGGUUUACAUCCAGCAAAUUGGUGGUCAAUGGCCCAAUUAGCUGCCCAAGACUAUUUCAGUCGUUUGCAGGCCUCUGGCCUAUCACCAUUUCCCCAUCCCGAUUUGGCAGCUGCUUUUGGACCAGCAGCAUUAGGUUUAGGUGGUGCUGGUACUGGUGCAGGCAAUAGUGGCGGUGUAGGCGGCAACUCUUCUGGCUCUGGAACACAAAACUCCAGUGGUAAUGCGGGCUCCAAUAUCGGUGGUAAUUCAUCGUCUGGUGGUAAGUCGAGCAGUAAGUCUCGCAAAGAAAAGCAGCGUCAACAGCAACAACAACAACAACAGCAGCAGCAACAACAGCAACAACAAUCGCUGGCCAACAGUUUAAAUGCGGCUGCUGCAGCAGCAGCCGUUGCCUCAAAUCCGGCAGCCGCAUUGGCGGGCAUGCAUUUGGUGGGAGCCGGCACCACAAUAACUCCCUCCUCGGGCAUGGGCAGCUCCGCUAAUAGUGGCAAUAACAACAAUAACAAUAGCAGCUCCAACUCAUAUAAAAAUAAUUCCUCAAAUCUUGGUAAAAACUCAGCGUCAUCGUCGUCUUCUACAAUCUCUGUACAAUUGCCUCCGUCGCCUGGUUCAGCUUAUGAUCCUGUAGUCUUGCACAAAGAGUUAUUGGCCAUGCAAGUGGCAGCCGCCGCUGCAGCUGCCAAUCCCUCAUCUUCGUCGUCAUCAUCAACGUCAUCGAAGAAAUCCCGAAAUUCUUCAUCAAACAAUUCUUCCUCCUCGCAUCAUAUGGUAGGCAGUUCAUCUGGUAACAAUGCCUCAUCCUCAGGCGGUCUGAUGUCAACGCAUGGUGCUAUGACAGGAAGUGGUGUAGGUGGCGGCAUGGGUGGCUCUUCUUCAUCAUCGCGUAAUAAGAAUGAGGAUAAAAAUAAUGCCUCCUUGAAUGCUUUGAAUUCAUUGUCGCAGUUUGGUACAUUGGGCAUGACACCUCAACAGAGUAUGCAGGCAGCCAUGAAUGCUUUUGCGGCCAGUAAUUCAGCAGCAGCCGCAGCAGCCUCCAAUGCUGGCAACAAUGCUGGGGUAUCCUCAACCUCGACGUCGUCAUCUUCUACUGGCGGCAAUAAGCAAUCAGUAAAUGAUUUCAUGCCAUCCGGAGGAUUAGGUGACCAUCCAUCGCUGUUGGGAGUACGCUUGCCGCCCGAUACGGAAAUCAUCAAAUACACAUCAUCCAUCGUGGGCCCCAAAAUACCCGGUACUACAACACGUGGUCGUAAAAAUACAAUUUCUGAUCAUGAUCAAAAUCUACAACUACAACAAAAGAAUGUACCCGAAUCAAAAUCAUUUUGCAUUGCAUUUUCAGGUCUUAGCCCGGCGAAAAGGGCUAGACUAGAAAUGGAGUAUGCUGCCAUUGCUGCCGCAGCCAAUGCAGGCCCUGGACCCAGCUUGCCUCCCACGCUGACUGCUGCCCAGAUCGCUGCGCUGAGUGGACUGGGUAGAGCGAGUAGCACAUCAAAAUCUUCGGGCGCCUCUGCUGCCUCAUCGUCACAGAGCACGCCACACUUGGACUUGACCGGGCCGAGCAGUGGCCGAACGAGCCGUGACUCAUCGUCGGAUCGCGUUGAGGUCAUUAAAUUGCCACCUACUAUUACCUCGAAUGGAGCGUAUAACUUAUCGAAUAAAAAUAAAGAUAUACACGAUUUGAGCGGUACAACUGAUCUUAACUCGGGUGUUAAUCUCAGUUUGAAGCCGGCUGCUUCUUCAGUAUCGAAUACAUCGCUAGCCAAUUCGAAUGUUGUCGGAGCCACCAUUACUAUAGAAGAUUUUGAUGCUCCGCUUAAUUUAUCCAUGAAACCGGAUAAAUCAUCAGCGUCUAGUAAUGAUUUAUCAGGUAGCAGUGGCAGUGGCGGUUCGGGCGGUAAUAACUCUGGCAAUACGGGUUCAAAUAGUUUACAAAGUUUAAGUUCCAUAACCGCUGCUCUUGGGAGUAGCGGUGGUGGCGGUAUCGGUAUGAGUGGCGAUAAUGUCGGUGGCGGUAAUGGUGGAGCAGCAAAUAGUUCCAAUACUGGAGGUAAUAGUAGUAGCAAUUCCUCUUCGGCCAGUGGUGGCGGUGGUGGUGGUAUGGGCAAUGACAGAACAAACCAGCCGCCCUUCAAAGAGGGACGUCCUAGAAAUUUGGGUCGCGGUGUAUCGAAACCCAAAAAGAAUACUGUGGCCUCGCUACUCGCUCAAUCAAGGGCAGUGGGUAUAAAACCCAUGCUAUCCACUCAACAAUUAUUACAACAAGGCGCUGAUAUAGAGAAAAUACGUCAAGCCCUAACCGAAGCUAAUGCUCAAAUGGAGGUUUCUACUGAUUCUGAAAGUAUUGCUGCUGAAAGUGGCCUCUCGGAAUCGGAAAGUGAGGAGCCGAAUCUCUUAAAUGUAACAGAACUCAGAAUACCCUUGGACUUGGGCUGGAAGCGUGAAACGGUCAUUAGAGGUCUUACCAAGGCGGGUCAAAUUAAGGGUGAAGUCGUGUAUUAUGCUCCCGGUAGUAAUGUACCCCUAAAAACCAUGGGACAUGUUUUCUCUCAUUUGGAAAAGAAUCCUUCAAAGUUGACACGAGAAAACUUCAGUUUUUCGGCACGAGCCAUAGUGGGCUCUUUCUUACAACCUGCACCACCACCAUACGCCAAUGAUGGUGAUUACAUACGCAUGACAGACGAGGACGUGGCCAAACGUUUGGAAGACCUAAAAAUAUUUACGCGUCAAACCCUAAAUGUGGAACAGCGCAUUGAAAUCGCCAAACAGCAGCAGGCACUGAGAGAUGCCAAGAAAUUGCAAAAGGAGGAAAUGAAUCGCAACAAGGAGAAGGCACGUUUAGAGAAAAAUGAAAAGUUGGAACAGCAGCGCAAGGAAAAAGAGUUGAAAAAUCAACAAGCCAUAGAGGCCCGCAAAAAGAAACAAGAGGAACUGGAGCGUCUUAAACAGGAAGAAAUACUCAAAAAACAACAGGAAAAGGAAAAGAAACGUCAAGAAGCUAUUUUAGCUAAAGAACAGGAACUCAAUCGUCAAAAGGAAAUGCUUUUGGCGGCCGAAAUGGAACGUGAACGUAGACGCCAACAUAUGGCUCUCAUACGUCAACUGGAGUUGCGUCGUAAGUUUGAGGAGCGCGAAAAGAAAAAGCAUCAAAUGGUAUUGGAUCGUUUGAUUCUAAGAGAGAAACGUUUAGCAGCUCGUAAACGAGAUGCUGAAAUUUUAGCACAAAUAAGAAAACCCCAAGAGGAUUCGGAAUUAUUGCAAUUACAUAAUAUACCCGAUUUGGAGCGUAUUGCUGGCAAUCGUUUGCCCGGUCAAGCUAUGGCUGAUCUGUUAAUGGUCUUUGAAUUCUUACACAACUUUGGAGAAACAUUAGGCUUUGAUAUGGAAUCUCUACCCACCCUUCAGAAUCUCCAUGAUGCUUUAGUAGUCGAUAGUAAUGCCGAAGUUGAAGAAGAACUCUUAUCUGUGAUGACACAUCUGCUGGUAUGUGCCAUAGAAGAUCCGGGCAUACCAAAUCCGGGACGUCAUACCACACUACUGGGACAAUCUCUACGAAAUGCCGACAUUACAAACUCCAAUGUAUCGGAAAUUUUACGCAUCUACUUGUAUGCCACAGCCACCGGAGAAAUACGGCAAAUGUUCGGCGUGGUCAUGGAUCGUGAACGAGAACGCAAAGUACCGGAUCAUCAUCAAAUUGAUGCUGAAACUGUGGUGCACACUGGCAAAAAUGCCGAGUACUACAAGUUGCUGCAUGAAAAUGAAACCUGGAAAAUGUCACUUGCUCUAAAGGACCGGCCAUUUGUGGCACUUAAUCCCACAAAGAAAACCCAAAUAUUGGCUCAUCUCUGCAAUGAUUUGCUCAUGAACAAGGCAGUACUCAAACAAAUCGACAACAGUCUGGAGACCUGCAAUCAGAUGCGCAAGGAAAAGUACAUGACUGACAUGAAGGUGAGAAAAUAUAAGGCUCUGCACAUGCGCAAGUCAAGAAUAGAGGCUUAUGAGAAAAUUCAAGCUGAACGUGAGGCAGCUAUGCAGGCAAUGGCAGCACAACAGAAGUUGGAUGCAGAACGUUUGGAGAAGGAAUCGGCCGAAGAGACGAAUAAAAAAGAUGUCUCCGCUUUGGAAGUUAAUCCGGUGGCUACCACGUCAUUGGAAACGGCUGGCGAACAAAAUAAUAACACCAAUAAAGAUGAAAGCAUGGAUGUGGAUUUAGAUGGCCCUCAAAAACAACUCGAUAAGGAAUUAACCAACCUGCCUAGCAAUUUGGAUGAUGGAAAAUUGUCUGCAGCCAAUUUAAUGGUCACAAGUGAUAUGACGCCCACAAAGAUGGCCAAAUUGGAAGAAUUAACUUCCACUUCAUACCACAACGGUGGUGCAACGGCUGGCGAUAUCAAUGCUUUAUUGGCGGGCAAGAAGACCCUAAAGGGUCUCAAUGAUGAUGCCUCCACCGAUGUGGGCAUGGAUGAAGAUCUCUCCGACAUUGAGUCCGAAAUUACCAAUGUGGACGAGGAUGAAGACAAUAGACUGUCGGCCGAUGAGUUGCAAAAGAAGCUGGAUAAAAUCAUUAGAGCUUCAUUGAACUGCAAGGAAGUGUUGGAGAAGAGCACAAAUCAAUUACGGGCCACUUGUUUUGGUCAGGAUCGUUUUUGGCGACGUUAUUGGCGUCUGCCCAAGGCUGGUGGCAUAUUUAUCGAAGCCCUGGAAUCGGCUCAAAACGAUAUAUUCCAAUUCAAUGAAAUACUGGAGCAAGAAGACGAUGAAAGAAAACAAAAUAUGAGCCCAGAACCACCAUUAUUGGCACAAGAUGACAUGAAGAAUUCAAAUGAGAGGAUGGAGGAUGACCUAGAUGUAGAAAUGAAAGAGUUGGAAUCACUAGUAUCAGUUACAGCCAUGAACACAAUCCUACCACCACCACCAUUACCAGCAGUCGAACAUGUUAUAGAAAAUAAUCCAGCCGACGACUCUGAUGAUGAUGUCAUCGAAACAAAUCGCAUAGAACCCGAAAUAGUUGAUUUGCGUGACGACGACGAUGAUGAUUACGAUGUGGCUAUACAACCACAUGGCAUACAACUGGAUAAUAAUGGCACCGCCAAAGUGGAGAAACCCGAUGCAGCUGGCCUCUUGCCACCGGCCCACAUAAUCAAUCAGCUGCCCAAAAAGGAGGAAAUGGAUGUUGAAAUGAAGAUACCACCACCUCCACUACCGCUACAACUGCAACUACCAUUACCACUACCCCCCUCCUCUCAAAUCCAUCAAAUAUCAACUCCUCUCAUGACGAAUCUAAAUCAGAUUCAGAAUUCAAUAACUAUAAACUGUGAUAAACCAGAUUUGAAUAAAAUGAAUUCUAACACUUCUACAACUUCCAUGAUGUCUAAUCCCACCACAUCGACCACCGUCUCGUCGUCUACAAUAAAUCUCUGCACCAGCAGCAGCAUUUUGAGUGGCGCCAUUAAGCCUGACUGCAAGUAUGAUGACAAAAAAGAAGACGAUUGCAUUAUCGUCUCCUCCACAGGCCCGUCGGACAUUAAGCCCUUAUUUACAACCGAAAUACCCGAAGUCAAGUGGUUUUCCAUUGUUAAUCGUGAAGUGCCAUUGACAACCACAGAACCUCAAAAUGCCACCAAUCUGAAGGAAUUUCAAAAGAUGUAUGCCAACAUCACCUGUGGCACCAGCUAUCAAAUCCAGGGCCAUCCCUGGGAUAUCUCCAACAAUGUCCAGUAUUUCACCGUUACCAUGGAUGAUUGUAAGGCUGAUUUAACGAAAUUAACCACGGAAUGCAUACUAUCGUUGUCGGGCCUCAACGAGGCGGACAUCGAAAUCAAACUGAAGGAAUUUGAGGAAAAGUUACAAAAUUCAAAAAACUCCUUGGAGACUCCUCGUCAUCAUUCUGCAGCAACGAUGAAAAGUGAAGAAGCAGAUGUAGAAGGUAAAGACAAUAACAAUAUGGAAUGCGAUGACGAGGAGGGUGAGGCUGAUAGAGCAUUGGAACAGUGUGGCGGUGGUGGUGGAGUAGAUAGGAAAUCCGUGGUAAAAAACGAAGGCAAGAUGCAAUUUUUUCCUUUUCCUAAGGACGCUCUCUGCGACACUGGCGGAGGAGUUGGCGAAGGAGAAUAUACCGAAGACAUAAAGCCUAAAUUGGAAAUCAAAUUAGACGAGGCUUUGCAAUCAUCCCUGCAAAAUAUGCAGCAAAUGUCUUUGGCCAAUAUCAGCAAUUUCAUACAGUAUGAUAUUCCCACGCCUUUGCAAAUGUCCCUGGAAGAAUCUCAAGUAUUGGAGGAAAUCAAACGAGAGGGGUUUCCUAAAAAACAAAAGGGCACUUUUGUGAAACGUAACUUGCGUUACGGCUGGUGGAAAAUCGAUACCAUGGAACUGUUGCAACAAGUCAUAAAUUCUCUCAACUCCACGGGCUUGAGGGAAAAGGAACUCAAGGAGAAUCUUACCCGUUUUCUGACACAAGAAAUCCCUUUGGGUCUGCCCUAUCCCAUGGGUGAUGUAAGGCCGGAUGAUAAAGACUUUUUGUUACCGGACAAACCCAACGAUUGGACACCCAAAAUAGCUAAACGCGUAGAAAUGGCUUUAUUAGAACAACUUGAAGUGUUGGAAGACAAAAUCGCUUCGGCCUCCAUGCAAUUGAAACAUUGGCAAUUGCCACCUAGAAUAGAAUCCGAACUUAACUUGGAGAGUGAUGCUGACAUUACGGAAGAAGACUUUGUUAGCAUUAUACCCAUGAUAAGGGAACGCAUCAUAGACUUGGAAGCCAAUAUAGAAAGGCGUUACUUGAAGCCACCCUUGGGUGCUCAUACUGGCGAUGCACAUUUAGCGGCCAUUGCUCAAAAUCAACAUAAUACUCAAACACAAAAUUCAGCCAAUGCUGCUGCCUACUACCAACAAAUGCAACAGCAGCAGCAACAACAACAGCAGGCUCUGCUGCAACAGCAGCAACAACAAGCCUUUAAUCCCUCGUCCUUUAACGAAAGAGCCAUGGCUAUAGCAGCGAAUAAUGCCAACAAUGCCGCUGCGACCAACUCAAAUGCCAACAACAGCAACAGUGCCGCCGACCUCAACUCUCAGUCGCACUCGGCCAACAACAACGAAAAUAAUUCGGGAGGCGACUCUCCAUCCAGCAAUUGUGAUAGUGACAAGGAUGAAAAGGUGGAAAACAUACCAAAAGGUCUGGUGUCUUGGCGAGAUGCCGUCUCACGUUCUCAUACCACCGCCCAGCUGGCAAUGGCUCUAUACGUUUUGGAAUCUUGUGUGGCCUGGGACAAAAGCAUUAUGAAAGCCUUGCCAAUAACAAAACCGGAAAAAUCCGAAAAGUCAAAAAAAUCCAAAAAAGAAAAAAAAUCGAAAGAUAAGAAAAAUUCCCAUAAAAAUGAUGAAAAUUUUAAUGGAAAACAUAAGCAUAAACAUCACAAGAAAUCCAAAAGUAAAUCGAACAAAAGUGAACAGGCAUCUCUUAAUGAUACCAAGUCUCUUAAUUUGCAAACACUAUUCGAAACAAACGAGGAGAUCUCUCAGACCUCUCUAGCGGCGAAAAGUCCUAAGGGCCAACAGCCAACAGUUGAGGGUGCUGAGAAUUCGGUAAUGGUGUGUGAGACCACAACACCCACCACUAUUAAAAUCAAUCUGAAAUAUCAAACGCCCAAACAAAGAUUCAAGAAUGCUUUGAAAUCGGGUGAAGUCUCUCUAACACAGUCACCCAACCCCUCACCAACACCUUCUUCUGGCACGUCAAGAGAUUCUGUAACACCACCACCAACACCAAACACUCCUUCCAAAAAAACCAAGAAAUUAGCGACCAAAAAUACUAAGAAAUUAACAACCACAACCACAAACACCAACAACAACACAUCCCAUGAAAAAUCUAGUCCUUCAUCACCCUCCCAUUCCCACAUCCAUUCCCCUUCCUUAAAAUCCACCAAAACAACAACAACAAAUACUAAAAAAUUAGGUAGAAGCCGUAAAAAAUCAACAUCAUCUACAAAAUCUCCCAAAUAUUCGAAUUCCUUACAGAAUUGCCAGUUCUGCACAUCUGGCGAAAAUGAGGAUAAACUUUUGCUGUGCGAUGGCUGCGACAAGGGUUAUCAUACCUACUGUUUCAAACCGAAAAUGGAGAAUAUACCCGACGGCGAUUGGUAUUGCUAUGAAUGUGUUAAUAAGGCAACCAAUGAACGUAAGUGUAUUGUUUGUGGCGGUCAUCGUCCCUCACCGGUUGGCAAAAUGAUCUAUUGUGAUUUGUGUCCACGUGCAUAUCAUGCCGAUUGUUACAUUCCCCCACUAUUGAAAGUGCCUCGUGGCAAAUGGUAUUGUCAUGGCUGCAUCUCAAAGGCACCACCACCGAAAAAACGUUCCUCCACUAGUAAACCUCGCCGUGAACGUGAUUCAUCUGCCUCGCUAUCGAAACGCAAAGAUAAACAUCAUAAUACAUCGUCCAGUUGUGAGCAGCUGAAUACAUCGGCCGAUCAUCACAAUAUACACAAUUCAUCACACGAUGAGUCCAUGACUUCCCUGCCAGCACCGCUGAGCCCGGCUCAUUCUGUUGCCUCAACAUCAUACGAUGAUCAUCAUAACAACUCUAUUGAUACAACGCGCUUCCAAAAUCAAGUAACAAAUCGUCAAGGUGCUUUAAGUCCACAACCCACAAACAAUGAAUUCAAUGAUACCAGCAUGGAUGGUACUGCCACUGCAGUAUUAGGCACAAAUACAGCAGUAGCAGCAGCAGCUGCUGCAGCAGCCUCCGUAAAUGUUGGUAUACUACAGCAACAGCAGCAACAAGUGCUACAAACACCUCCUACUGCAACAAACAUUCUUCCAAUGAUGACUAUUCCACCACCAACGCCACCAACACAACCACAACAGCAACAACAACAAAGUUUCAAUAGUAUGCCAACUACGGCAGCACUCUUACCACCUCAAGCACAAAUUUUGUCACCAUCACAUUUUGCCAAUCUCAGCGCACCACCACUACAAAUCGGUUCAAAUCAAACAAAUCAUUUGCCAUAUCCCCUUAACACCACACAACUGAUACCGCCCAGCACAGCGGCCGUGAUAGCAGCACCCUCUUUACCACCACCAACACCCACAACAGCUAUAACAUCAACAUUAAAUGUAGCGGCAUCAUUAAUUGUUGCACCCCCAACCAUAACCCAGCCAACGGUCACAGCCGGUCUCUUACCUGUAACUUCUCUACCAAAUCAAAUGCCACUUUUACCGAUCAUAACAGCAGCAGCAGCAGCACCGCCCACACCACCUAUUGGUGUCACGGCAAAUCUAAUGUGUGCUACUACCUCCCCACAACAUUCCUCCAUAACGUCAUCGUCCCGUUCCUCGACACCGACACAGCAACAGCAACAGAUGCAUCAUGUGCCUGCUGCCCAGCACUCGCCACAACUACACGCUCCUGCUACUUCACCUUCCAUGAUGGUGGUGUCUACAAGCGCGGUGACAACACCGCCACCCACCACUGCAUUGGGUCCACCGCCACCCCUGAAUAUUCAUGCCGUGCAGGAGGCCAAGGAAAAGUUGAAACAAGAGAAAAAGGAAAAACAUGCCACCAAAAAGUUAAUGAAAGAAUUGGCCGUGUGCAAGACAGUUUUAAGUGAAAUGGAGCUGCACGAAGAUUCUUGGCCUUUCUUGUUGCCAGUAAAUACCAAACAAUUUCCAACCUAUCGCAAAAUCAUAAAAAAUCCCAUGGAUUUAUCCACCAUUAAGAAAAGACUACAAGAUCUAAGUUAUAAAUGUCGAGAAGAUUUUUGUGUUGAUGUCCGACAGAUUUUCGACAAUUGCGAAAUGUUCAAUGAAGAUGACUCGCCGGUUGGCAAAGCUGGUCAUGGUAUGCGUAAGUUCUUUGAAAUGCGCUGGGCCGAAUUGACCGACAAACAUUCAUGAUAUCAAUUGCAACAUCAACAACAACAAACCCAACAACUCAAAUAUAACAGCGAAUAAAAUGAAUCGUAAAUCAUUUGAAUCCCACAUGGAUUUAAAACAUUAAAAUAAAA